AUGCACACCAUUACGGAAGAAACUGCAGAUAUUUGGGCCGAACCAUCAGCUAAAAUCAUCGAACUUAUCGAGCAAUUCAAGAACGAAACGGCGUUUUAUGCGGAAAUGAUGUCACUAUGGCGCAAGAAUACCAGUGCUUUCGACAUCGAAAAAUUUGAAAGUGAACAAAUCUCGAAGCUCGCGACAAUUUACAGCAAAAUGCAACCUGAAUCUACGUACGCACAUGUUCACGAGUAUUAUUAUUUUCCCGAGCGUUAUUUUGGUGUGCAUACAUAA